CCGCCCGCCACCACCGGCCGCCCGCCCGCCCGGCUCCUCCGGCCUCCGCUGCUGCGCUGCGCUGCGCUGCCUGCGCUCAGGGCUCGGGAGGGGGCCGCGGAGGAGCCGCCCCCCGCGCCCGGCCCCCGCCCGCCGCGCCCGGGCCCGCGCCAUGGGGCUCUGGCUGCCGCCGCCCCCUGCGCCGCCGGGCUAGGGCGAUGCGGGCGCCCCCGGCGCGCGGCCCCCGCGGGCACCAUGAGCCCCCUGCUCCGCCGCCUGCUGCUCGCCGCGCUCCUGCAGCUGGCCCCCGCCCAGGGCCCCGUUUCCCAGCCUGAUACCCCCGGCCACCAGAAGAAAGUGGUGUCAUGGAUAGACGUGUAUGCCCGUGCCACCUGCCAGCCACGGGAGGUGGUGGUGCCCCUGACCGUGGAGCUCAUGGGCACCGUGGCCAAGCAGCUGGUGCCCAGCUGUGUGACCGUGCAGCGCUGUGGUGGCUGCUGCCCUGACGACGGCCUGGAGUGCGUGCCCACAGGGCAGCACCAAGUCCGAAUGCAGAUACUCAUGAUCCGUUACCCGAGCAGUCAGCUGGGCGAGAUGUCCCUGGAAGAACACAGCCAGUGUGAAUGCAGACCAAAAAAGAGAGAGAGUGCUGUGAAGCCAGACAGGGCUUCCACUCCCCACCACCGUCCCCAGCCCCGCUCUGUUCCGGGCUGGGACUCUGCCCCCGGAGCACCCUCCCCAGCUGACAUCACCCAUCCCACUCCAGCCCCAGGCCCCUCUGCCCACGCUGCACCCAGCGCCGCCAGCGCCCUGACCCCCGGACCUGCCGCUGCCGCUGCCGACGCCGCAGCUUCCUCCGUUGCCAAGGGCGGGGCUUAGAGCUCAACCCAGACACCUGCAGGUGCCGGAAGCUGCGAAGGUGACACGUUGCCUUUCAGACUCAGCAGGGCCACUUGCCUCACAGGCCACAUCCCAGAGGAGGACAACAGGGCAACGUGUUGAGAAGUGCCCAGUCCCUAGACCUCAGUGUGGGCAGAAAGUGCUCCCGGACCUGGGCCUCUCAGAGGACUUUCCAGCUGUCCCUGGUCUCUCCCAAGGCCGCCCUCCAACAGGGUGGGCGGCCGGACGAGGAGAUGUGUCGGCAGCACCAGGGGUCACGGACGAACUCGGGAGAGAAGGGGUCCCGUCUCGAUUUUCAACCACCAGGUGCAAGCGAGCGUCUUCACAGCUGGCUCCACUGUCCCCUCCCCGAGGCGCCAAUCCUCUGCAGAUACUGGGGACUUGGGCUGCGGUGUUAAGAACUGGGACCCCCAACCCUGAUAAAAGAGAUGGAAGGAUC